AUGAUGGGCGCCCUGGAGCUGCUGCUGCUCGGUGCAGCUUGGUUGGCUGGGCCGGCUCGUGGGCAGAAUGAGACGGAGCCCAUCGUGCUGGAGGGCAAGUGCCUGGUGGUUUGCGAUUCCAACCCCACGUCCGAUCCCACGGGCACGGCGCUGGGAAUUUCCGUGCGCUCUGGCAGCGCCAAGGUGGCUUUCUCAGCCAUUCGGAGCACUAAUCACGAGCCGUCAGAAAUGAGCAACCGUACGAUGAUCAUUUACUUUGACCAGGUACUAGUGAACAUCGGGAAUAACUUCGACCCGGAACGAAGCACUUUCAUCUCCCCACGGAAAGGGAUUUACAGUUUUAACUUCCACGUGGUGAAAGUCUACAACAGACAGACCAUCCAGGUGAGCCUGAUGUUAAACGGGUGGCCUGUGAUCUCGGCUUUCGCAGGCGACCAGGAUGUGACCCGAGAGGCAGCCAGCAAUGGUGUCCUAAUACAAAUGGAGAAGGGGGACCGAGCGUACCUCAAAUUGGAGCGAGGGAACUUGAUGGGGGGCUGGAAAUAUUCGACAUUCUCUGGAUUUCUCGUAUUCCCUCUCUAAGGAACUAACUCAUCGCUGGAGCUAAUCGGAGGGAGUGGGAGAGGGAGAACAGAGAGAAGGGGGAGGGAGAAAGAAAGAGGGAGAAGGAGAUGUAGAGAAAAAGAAAUCGACAAGUGUGGAGAAUUUCCUGCGAAGUCCCAGGUUGUAGCCAGGUAUAAAGAGCUCUGGACAGCAAACUUUUAAAGUUCACUUAUAAAAGAGAAACUAAGCCCCACUUAGAUCUGUGUACAUCUGUUUUGAAGAAUACCAUUCCUCUCCCCAUUUUGGUAGUCUAUAGUCAAGAAAGAAGCUGCCUUGUAAUUGAUUUUUUUUAAAUCAACAAUUGCAACAUGCUCUUCCCUACUCCAUUACCCAGACCCCAGAUUUAGCUAAAAGAAAGGUUGUAUUUCAACAGUGUAAGCUACAAUAUCCUUUUCAACUUCUUGCACCC